GGACCUGCCUUACGCCUAGCGCCUUUUAGAACCUUGCAUUUUACAUUAAGCGAAUUUCAUUAUGCAUGAUCGUAAGUGGUGGUGGACAAAUUAAAUUAGUAUAAAGAGCGGUGAAAGCAACUAUUAAUUAAAUAAAUCAUAAUAAUGAUAAAAUGCAAAUCAGGGGGCGAUGGCUGCUUGUUCUUUUUUCUUUUCUUCAGCUCCAGCCCACCCACUCCAACUCUCUAGUCUAUGUCUAUGAUAAUAAAAUAAUAGUAAUAAUAAUAAUAAUUGAAGGGGCAGCAUCAGCAGCAGCGCUGAGAGCUUUUUUAAAAGGAGAGUAGGAGACCCAUUCCCCAUUCCCAAUUCAAUCAUUCAUUUUCCCCAUUCCCCGUUUAUACUCUCACACACAUCAAACUCUGCAGUCUGCACAUCUCUUACCCUUCCCCUCCAAAAUUCCACCGAUCCAAAGCAAGCAAAGCUACUAGCUAGCUAGUAGUGGGUUUCCGUUCCGUUGAACUAAUCUCCCAAACGUCUCCGCGCGAUGGUAGUGAACAAGAUUAGCCAGGGCCGACCACACAGCAUCAUGAUCCGGAAAUUAUCGGAACUGCUCGUUCCUGGCAAGCACCGGCCGGCGGCGAGCGGAGGCGGAUUCGGGUCCGAUUCGUCCCCUGCCACCACCAGCCCCCGGAGUCCACUGGACUUCCCCAGAAUCCAGUCCCCGAGAGGGCUAAAGAAUUUCGACCUGGGUGGGGUCGGGCUGGGAAUCGUGGCCGCCCUCGAGAAUUCGGUCUGCUGUGCCCCGAAAUCGGGCCCGAUUCCGGUCGGUUCCAGGCGUUUGAGAAAGGGAAUCGACGACGAUGAGAAGUACAGUACUCGCCGCGGUGGAGGCGAGGUCGGGCGGACAGUCCCAGCUCCGGCGGCAGGGAAUCUGGUGGAAGAAAUUGGGGGCUUCCUGAAUUGUUGCCACCUGUGCAACAAGCAGCUGCAGGGCCUAGAUAUAUACAUGUACAGAGGGGAGACGGCCUUUUGCAGCAGCGACUGCAGAUCGAGUCAAAUAAUGACUGACGAACAACAACAGAAGAAGCAGAAGAAGAACAAGUGCAGGAGGGAAGUUGGGAGAGCUGUAGCGUCGGUCUCAGGGAAGAGCAGCACUAGUCCGCCCAUCUUUUCAACUGGGAUUCUCGCCAUCUGAUGACACGAGUUGAUCCAUAGUUUUUGCAGCGGGAGAAGAAACAUGAUUGAUUAGCAAGCAGUCUGAUAUCUCAUCAACAAAGAUGGGGAAAAGGCAAGUAAAAAAGUGACAGAAACAACGGGAAAGUAAAAAAGAAAGAGAACCAAAUUUUGUCCGGAUGGUUGGAACCAGCAGAGUAGCAGUAGUUUAUGUGUGAAGAUGUAAAGCGCCAAACUUUUUUCUUUCUUGUUUUUGCUUUUUUUUUCCGAAGAACAUAAAAGGGAAGCUCAUACUUUUCACUUUGGGGAAACAGACCCACCGCACGCACCAUCUCUCUUACUUUACUUACUGCUUGGGUCCUGUUUUUGAGUUCUGGAAAGAGGAUUGAAGCUUCUCGACGAUUGAUUCCCAGUCCAGCCUAAUCUUCGUCAAACCAGAGAGAGUAAUAAUAAACUAAAUAAUAAUAAUGAUGAUGACGAGGAGUCGAGGAACGAUCAUAACUGCAAAGCAGCCCUGGUUUAGCACUGACGACUGGGGAAGAAACAUCCUUUUUUUUGCCGCUUGAGUGGAAUGGAUCGGGAUUGGAAGGGUCGCAUCCGUCAUUCAUGAUCGACAUCUAAAGCGAAACAUUUGUUCCCACUCACCCCCUCGAAAGGGUCCACAAAAGCACUGCUAGUCGUUGGUGUUGUAAUCAAUCUCCUUCAACCAGCUCAUACCGUCGCAUUGCAUGUUCGAGUUUAGUGAUCUCCCACCGUGACAUAAAAUCACUGCAAGAAAUCUGGAAAGCAGCCCACAAAAUUGAAACGAUGGUUUAGGGAGGAGAUAGAACAAAGGAAUCGAAGUCCAGUCAGGGAGAGAGCAGCUGCGGCGAUGGGGGGAUGCGACUUGACGAGGAAGAAGGGCUUCCCAAGGGUUUCUCUUCCAUGGGCCAUUCACAUGGGCCUAUUUCUCGAAAUGAUCACCCAGGUGGGACUCUCCCAUGGGUUUCCAAGCCCAGUCAGCUUCUUAUGAGGCUAAUUUCUCUCCUCCGACAAGGAGAUCGUGAUGUGGGUCGAUCUAAAAGGAAAACAUAGGCUUCGGGCCCGAUGUUCAAUCAAGGCUCUCGUUGUAGAGUGUAGACAGUAGUGGGAAAUAGAAUGAGCGGAGGGGAACAUGAACAAUAGAUAAUAGUCAAGUUUUAAAAAGUAUACUAAAAGAGUCAUUCUUUUACCCUCUGUUUUUUAAGAAGAGAAAGGGAGGGGAAGGGAAGGGAGGGAGAGAAAUUCCAGAACCCAAUAACUUUUCUCUCGUUCUCCAAACUUGUUACAGGACCGGAGGGAAGGAAAAUGUACUGUUUUAUCUGACCCUCCAAUUUGGGAGGAAAGCCACCUUCUCAAGCAUUUUCCUAUUUUUCAUUUUUUUUUCUUGCGUUUUGUUUUGCUUUCCACCACGUUGGAUGGGUAAGCGAUUUAUGGAAUUUUAUUUUAUGGUCAUAUAUUAUAAGAUUAUUUUCUCGUGCGUUGCCUAUUUUCCUUUUUCGUUUAAGUUGUAUUUGUGUAGGGAUGUGUGAUAGCAGUGAAAUAAAUGACAAAAAUUGUUAAUUUAUAUUUUAUUAGCACAUAUAUUGCAUUUAACGUGGAGAAAAAUUAGGAGAUGUGAUAAUUACUAAUUCAUUGUUUUUAGGGUUGAAGAGAUAAUCUUCGACUAAUUUUGGAGGACGAUAAUUAAAUUAGUGAAGUCCGUGUGUAUUAUUUUAGAUUGCUUACUUAACUACGUAAACUUCUAACAUGAUAUUAUGUACACUACCGACUUAGAUGACAGUAGACGAUUUUUACGGUCCAACUGACGAUACACGAAAGAAAAAUAUUUAUGGCUAACUAUGAUGCUAGACAAUUCUACUCUUAUUUGUAUGAUAUCUUUGUGUAUCAUUAUAUAAUGGUGACAAAUAUUUUUCUCACCGGAUCAUGGUCAAAACAUCUAUUUUUGUAUUUUAAUAAUGAACAAAAUUAACA